GGUGGAGCUACUCCAGUGCAAGAUGAACGAGAUUCAGGAUCUGAUGUUGAAGAUGAAGGAAAUGAGCAACGUUCUGGAUCUGAGAAUGGAAGCGUAGGGCACCAUUCAGAGGAAUGUGUGGGAGGAAUGACACUCAAAGGUAAUAAAACCUUUGAGACAGCCUCAUCAAAUGAACACACUGAUGGAGAAGAUGAUGGGCAAAUGGGAGAGCCUCAUAUGACAGACUCUGAAAAUGAAGAUAUCCCAAGGCAAAAAGACAGUGACUCAGAUAAUGAGGAGCCUCCAAAUCACAAUGUAAGUGAUUCGGAGAAUGAAGCAGCUCAUGGAGGGAAAGACAGUGAUUCUGAUACUGAGGACCAUCCAAAUCGGCACUUAAGUGACUCUGAAAAUGAAGAUGCCUUAAAUCAUCAAGCAAGUGACUCUGAAAAUGGAGAACCUCACAGGGAUCACAGUAGCGAUUUUGAAAAUGAGGAAUCACACAAGCAGCCGGCCAGCGACUCGGAGAGUGAGGAGCUCCACAAGCAGCCGGCCAGCGACUCGGAGAGUGAGGAAGUUUCUAGACACAAACAAGAAAUAGAGUCUGAGGACAGUGAUGGGGAGGACAGGAAGGAGGAGGUGCAGAAUGAUUCUCAUCAUUCAGAUAAUGAACGUGUAAGGGAAGGAUUUCAGGGCUCUGACAGUGAAGAGGAGGGUCCUAAGAGACGAAAAAUAUCAGACACUGAUGAAGAUGAGAAAGAGGAGGAGAAGACAGUGAAGAGGAAAACAGCUAUCCUUUCUGACAGUGAGGAUGAAAAUGAGAAAACACCUGCAAAAAAAGUACGAAUCCUUUCUGAUGUUGAGGAAUCAGACAGUGAUGCUGCUUCAGAGAAAUCUGACAAAAGGAAGAAAAACAUUGUAUCAGAUAGUGAAGAAGAAGAAGAAGAAAGAAAAGAGAAUGCUGGGAAGAAAAAAGAAGAGAAGGAUCUGUUUGGCAGUGACAGUGAAUCUGGAAAUGAACAAGAGAACCUGAUUGCAGAUAUAUUUGGAGAAUCUGGUGAUGAGGAAGAGGAGGAAUUUACAGGUUUUAACCAGGAAGACUUGGAGGAAGAGAAAGGUGAUGCAGACAUGAAGGAGACAGCAGAUGAAUCAGACUCUGAUGAUAAUAUCAAAAGAGGGAAGCACAUGGACUUCAUGUCAGACUUUGACAUGAUGCUGCAACGAAAGAAGAGUAUGAGUGGCAAGCGUAGACGAAACCGUGAUGGUGGAACUUUUAUUAGUGAUGCGGAUGAUGUGGUCAGUGCUAUGAUUGUGAAGAUGAACGAAGCUGCUGAGGAGGAUCGACAGCUGAAUACACAAAAGAAACCAGCACUAAAGAAAUUAACUUUGCUACCAACUGUAGUUAUGCAUCUUAAAAAGCAGGACCUCAAAGAAACUUUCAUUGAUAGUGGUGUUAUGUCUGCUAUCAAAGAGUGGCUUUCUCCUCUUCCAGACCGAAGUCUGCCAGCAUUAAAGAUACGAGAGGAGCUUCUCAAGAUCCUGCAAGAGCUGCCCAGUGUGAGCCAAGAGACCCUGAAGCACAGUGGCAUUGGUCGAGCUGUGAUGUACCUUUACAAACACCCCAAAGAGUCAAGACCUAACAAGGAUAUGGCAGGAAAGCUAAUCAAUGAAUGGUCUCGACCCAUCUUUGGCCUUACCUCAAAUUACAAAGGCAUGACCAGAGAAGAGAGGGAGCAGAGAGAUUUGGAACAGAUGCCUCAGCGAAGGAGAUUGAGCAGCUCUGGUGGUCAGACUCCCCGCAGAGACCUGGAGAAAGUGUUAACUGGAGAGGAAAAGGCUCUUAGACCCGGAGAUCCUGGGUUCUGUGCCCGUGCGAGGGUGCCAAUGCCCUCCAACAAGGACUAUGUGGUCAGGCCAAAGUGGAAUGUGGAGAUGGAGUCCUCCAGGUUCCAGGGGACCUCUAAGAAAGGGGUGAGUCGACUGGACAAACAGAUGCGGAAAUUCACAGAUAUCAGGAAAAAAAGCAGAUCGGCCCAUGCAGUGAAAAUCAGCAUUGAGGGCAAUAAGAUGCCAUUGUGACCCUUCACAGAAUACCCCAUGAUCUCUGCUGUAAGACAAUACACCCAUAGACUCGUUGGAGACCUUUAAAUUUUUUAACAACUUGUUUGGGGUUUUUUUUAGUGAAUCUUUGAAUUGUUGGUUCAGGUUCUGGUAUAAGAUGUUGUCUGAGGACUGUGAAUAUGGGGACUUCUUUCUCCUGAUUGUAUUUAAACUUGCGCUAUUAUGUCCUUUGUACAGAUCACGUAUUUGUUGUAUUGCAACACUUUAGACAAUAAAACAUCUUCUGUUUU